AUGUUUUUUCCUGAAUAUACGGACGAUCUUUUUAUGACAACAAAUCAAGCUAUCGAUGAAAUUAAUCAAAUACUUGAAGCAUUACAAAAGAAAGAUAUCAAUAUUCAAAUUAAAUAUACCAUAGAUACAUCAGUGAACGAUCUUAAUGUUAAUAUUAUGAAUCAAAACGGACAAUUAAUAACAUCUAUUUUUCAUAAACCAACAACUGAACCACACAUUCUACCAUAUACAUCCGAUCAUCCACGUCACAUUCAUCGCAAUAUACCAUAUGCUGCUCUAUUACGUGCUGCACGUAUUUGUUCCAAUGUCGACAAUUUUAAUUCAGAAAUUGUUCGUAUUGAAAUGUCAUUACUAUUAAAUCAUUAUCCACCAAAUUAUCUUUCCAAACAUUUUGAUCGAUUCCUUCGACUCAACAAUGCCAUAAAUGUAUUUAAUACUUUAGAUCCACAUGCUUACAAAGACUUACACCAUAAAUUACUUUAUCAACCAACACGAAAUGAGAAACAACGUCAAGGAAUGCUGCAGGACCCAGUUCGAUCACCAGCAGUCUUACAAACAAAGAUCUGGGAUACUUCAGUAAUGUACCCACGUUACAUAUUUGAUAGCGGAUUUCCAAAAUUAUUCGGUAAAUGGUGGAAAAAGUAUUAUGCAUUUCCUGGAUCACCUGCUGAGACUGUCAAAAUGAGACUCGUAGCCAACACCAAUGACACAUUAGCAAAAUUCUUCAUACACAAGAAACCACCAAAAGAACUACUUAUCAAAAUGGAAGAAUUAAAAGAACAAUAA